AUGGAUGAAAUUCGAGAAGGUGUCACUGAACUGCACUGUACUACGACAACAUCGACGCCUGGCGCGACACUGAACGGAAAGUUGAAUAUUCCAUUUCCACGUUCAUCUCCACUGCGGAGUUCGUUGAUCAAGCAUGGUACACGGAGUCGUUCACCGAACUGUAAAAACGUUAGCUUCAGCACUCAAAAUCAAUCGAAACGAGUUUCAAACGUGAAUGACUGUCUGCAAAUUAUGCAACGCGGCACCGAAUUCAUAAAGCUUCGUGCAAACGUUCGUCAGUUUCGAAGACAAUUUAGUCUGGAUGCCGAUCUGGCCUACAUACGAUGGACUCCAACCAACAAAAAACCUCAUAAAGCACGAAUAGCAAUCGAGGCGAUUCGUGAGGUACGAGUUGGUCGAAAUACAGAACUGUUCAGAGCAACUGAAAAUUCAAUCAGCGAUAUGCAGGAGGAAUGUGCGUUUUCGAUUAUUCACGGUGAUGACUACGAAUGUUUGGAUUUAAUCGCACAAACGCCUGAAGAUGCGAACAUUUGGGUGACUGGGCUGAUGGCUCUCACUUCAGGUCAUAAAUGUACGUGCUGUGAUGAUGUGAUGAGGAAAUUUUGCAGUGUUCAAAUUUUUGAUCGUCUGAAUGAUUUCAGGUGGUUGGAAUCGGUGUUCGAUGAGAACGAUAACGAGAAGAACGGUUAUAUCAGUGAUAAUUUUGCAGUCCGCCUUAUCAAGCAAAUAAAUCCCCGUUUACAAAUAAAUCGAAUCAAACACCGCGUCAACGAAGUUAUCGUUCUUCAACCUCACGAAAAUCAUCGAGGUCGAAUAACAAGAGAUCAAUUCGUUGAAAUUUAUAAGGAUGUCUCGACACGGCCUGAGGUCUACUUCCUGAUGGUUCGUUAUGCAAAUAAAGACUACCUCAGUUGUCAGGAUUUGCAGCUCUUCCUUGAGAAUGAACAGGGUAUGAUCGGCGUAACGAGAGAUGUUUGCGAAGCUAUCAUUGAGCAGUACGAGCCGUCACCUGAAGCCAAAGAAAACAACUACAUGACUGUGGAUGGUUUCACAAACUAUUUGCAAUGUGAUGAAUGCGGUUUAUUCGACGUUACACAUCGACGUGUCUGUCACGAGAUGAAUCAUUCGUUUACCAAUUACUUCAUCUCUGCUUCAUAUAAUACUUAUCUGGUCGAGGAUCAAAUCAAGGGACCGUCGAGUAGUGACGGUUAUGUGAGUGCGUUGAAGAGGAACUGCAGGUUCAUCGAAAUUGAUGUUUACGAGCCAUGCGAAGAAGACGGUGAAAUUGAACCCAUGGUACAUAAUGGUGCGACGUCUACUUCUAAACUGACCGUUUCGUCAGCCUUAAAUACCAUAAGCGAAUAUGCCUUUGAGCGAACCAGGUAUCCGUUACUGAUACGUCUCGAAAUACAUUUGAGUAUUAAAUGGCAAUUGAUUCUUGUUGAUUUGCUCAACGCGAUUCUUGCGAAUAAGCUUUAUCGGCCAAAUGACGAUCUCAGUGAUUGGGUUGGUGGUGAUGAAAGACCGACACCGAAAGAUUUUCAAAUGAAGAUCAUUUUAGUGGGUAAACGAUUGAAUGAAUUGAAUGAAGAUAACGGUGAGGUGAGCGAAGAUGACGAGAGUAUACCUCAACAUGAAGGUAAAACCCCGCGAGGUUCCGCUCGUAAGAUGAUCCUUUGCAAGAAGCUUUCCGAUUUGAUGUGUCCUUGGGCUGUGUCAACGAAUCUCAACGAUUUAUCACUUGCAUCGUGUGGACACUUGUCGAAUCGUCGGACCCUUCUGACCAUAUCCGAAACUGAUUGUCUUCGAAUGAUCCACACGUAUGCAAGUGAAUUUACGCAGGUUUCGAAAGAUUUUCUCACGAGAGUCACUCCAAGCUCUAUGAGAGUUGAUUCGUCGAACCUUAAUCCUCAGGAAUUUUGGAACUAUGGAGUUCAGUUAGUUACAUUGAACUACCAAACUCCUGGCCUUAUGAUGGAUUUGCAGUUUUUGAAUCGACGGCACUUCAACGUGGAGCAAAUAGGUUUUGAUUUCAGAUUCUUCAUUUACGGGUUCUUUCCGGGCAACAACUUCCACGACCACGCGGUUCGACCGCAAAAGGAGAUUCCGCAGAUCCGUUCGUUGUCGUCGAGGUGUUUGGUGUACCUGCAGAUUGCGCUGAAGAACGCACCAAAACUAUACGAAAUGACAAAAUUGAGCAAUGUGAAAGGCAAAGUUUGGAUUGCAGGUGUAAAUCCAGCAUUCGAUGAAUCAUUUCAAUUCCAAAUAAGUGUGCCAGAGUUGGCGUUGAUUAGGUUUUUGGUAUUGGACGAUGAUUUCAUUGAUGACGACUUCAUUGGACAGUACACGAUUCCUUUUGAAUGCCUUCAAAGCGGUUCGUUCGUUCAUUUCUCGCGUAUGCACCUUGCAGGAAAUUUUCAACUUCUCAUAUUCACUAUCACAAAUCACAUCCAUACCAUCAAUCUUAUCCGAUAUCACAUAAUUCGUGUAAAUGACACCUAUUUUAGGCCUCAUACCAUUUUCACUUCUGAUAGCAAAGUAAUAAAUGUAAUCAAUGGUGAUUUUGAUAGUGUGGAUAUGGUGAUUGCCUUUCCAUGCUAUUUUAGCUACAGCACUAGCAGUGUAUGCAAUAGAAUGAAAUUAUUGUCAACGUUGCUUUUGCGAACAUUAUUAUCGCUUAUUUGA